AUCAAAUUGAAUAUACGCGCUACGCAAAGUCAACGACCUUUGCACUAAUACGGUCCUUGAAAUUGUUCAACUCAAUCUCCUUCUACAUUCACCUCUAUUACAAGCGACGAUCCCUCUCACUCCACUCCAAAUCUCCCCAAUUUGGGGAUCAGAUCGCCAUGGUCGAACUUCAGAAGGAGCAAGCCAGAACUCUAUCGGACGAAGAGAAGCAGCAAGAUUCAAAACCGGCAGCCACGGACAGACAGCACGAUACAGAUUCAUCAGGUGGGCCUCAAGCAAGUUCGGACAAGAUACCGUCGGACCUGGAAAGGACUCUUGUUACCUGGAACGGCCCAGAAGAUCCUCUUAACCCUAGGAACUGGCCUCGGGGUCGCAAAUGGCGUGCCCUUAUAGCUGUCUCUGGCUUUGUUCUUAUGAGCCCGCUCUCUACCACCAUUGUUGCCCCAUCGUUGGAGGUGAUCGCCCAAGAACUCAACAUCACCAACGCAAUUCAGAAAGUUCUAGUUCUUUCAAUCUUUUUGCUCGGAUUUGGAAUCGGUCCACUUUUUAUUGGACCACUAUCAGAGAUCUUUGGCCGAAUUCGCGUGCUGCAGCUGUUCAAUGCCAUGUAUCUAGCGUUCAACACUGGUUGUGGUUUCGCAAAAACCAAGGAGCAACUCAUCGUGCUACGCUUUCUGUCUGGUCUAUUCGGCAGUGCUUCUGUGGGCAUCGGUGCAGGUACUAUUGGCGACAUGUUCGAUGCCUCGGAACGUGGCAAAGCCAUGGCUGUCUACAGCGUCGCCCCUUUGGUUGGUCCGACCAUCGGACCCAUCGCAGGUGGUUUUCUCACGGAAUACGCCUCGUGGCGGUGGUCCUUCUGGCUUGCUUCUAUUAUCAACGCCUUUGUACAGAUUUGGGGCUUCUUUUUCCUCGAGGAGACUUACAGCCCGACUAUUCUCCAACAGAAGAAGCAACACUUAGAGCAGGAAGGAAAAACCAAUCUGUACACGGAGCAUGAUCUUGGCUCCAAACGCGAAGUCGCCAAGGUUAACAUGGUUCGACCGCUGAAGUUGCUUGCCACGCAACCUGUUGUUCAGGUACUCGCGAUAUAUCAAGGAUACCUGUACGGUAACAUCUACAUCAUUUAUGCGUACUUCCCAAACUUGUGGACGGGACAAUAUCACCAGCGGGUAAGCAUUGCCUCGCUCAACUAUUUGUCGCUAGGAAUCGGUACUGUGUUCGCAGCCGAAGCUACCACGCAUAUAAAUGAUCGAAUCUACAAAUUCUUCAAAGCACGCAACAACGGCGAAGGUCGCCCAGAGUUUCGAGUGCCAAUCAUGAUACCGGCAACUGUCUUACUUGCGGUUGGGUUGUUCUGGUAUGGAUGGAGCGCUCAGACUCAUAUGCAUUGGAUCAUGCCGAAUAUUGGCAUUGCUAUCUUCACCGCGGCCGCUUACGCGUGCACGAUUUCCAACAAUACUUACAUUGUAGACACUUACGGGCGCUAUUCUGCUAGCGGUCUAGCUGCGAUCUCCCUUCUAAGAUGUCUCGCUGGAUUUGCAUUCCCUAUGUUCUCAUCGUAUAUGUAUGAUGCGCUAGACUAUGGUUGGACAAACAGCAUGCUUGGGUUCAUCGCAUUAGGCAUCGGCUUGCCGGCGGUGUUAUUACUUUGGCGAUACGGAAGGCUCUUGAGACAAAAGAGCCCUUACUGUGCGAUUAAGGAAUAGGUUCUAACGUGUAAUAGGGGAUCUGGAAGGUUUACUACAUUCGUAAAGCAAAUAGCACGGUAUAUUCUAUUGGGUUCCUUGGUUUAAGCUCAGCUGUGCAAGCAACCGUCAGCCUAUUGCUCAUCAACGCA